GCAGUUCCCAUUUGCCGCUGAAGAGUUGUCUUCUCUGUCUCUCUCUCCCUAUUUCUCUACAUUUCUCUCUCAUUCUCUCACUCCACCACUUACUUUUCUCUCACUCUCUUCUGUGCGGCAACGCCACUAGCGUUGGUGACGUCGAAAGGAACGCCCCUAGAUUUCUCUUUUCGGUUGGCGUGUUUUGGGUGAAGAGUCAUGACAUGAGUGGAAAGGAGGAGAAGAACGGCGAGCUGAGGAGCGAAAAAGAAAAUUUGACGGUCGUUUACAAUCCAGAGUCGGCUAGAGGCCAACGAAGGCAAACAUUCAAUAUUUAUCUGCUCCUAAUCUGCAUACUACUCUUAGCUACCUCAAUCGCUUUCGGGAUUAUCGCCUUUUUGCGCCGGACGCCCGCCAGCCGAGAAUGCUUGACGGAAAAUUGUGUGAGGACCGCAACUUUGCUUUUAGACGCCAUGGAUCCAAUGGUUGAUCCUUGUAAGGAUUUUUUCCAGUUCGCCUGCGGUUCAUGGAACCAAAAACACGUGAUUCCUGAUGACAAGUCAACAUUUAACACGUUUGAAAAGCAGUAUGAUGAAUUGCAACUGAAACUCAGACGUCUCUUACAGCAGCCAAUUUGGCCUGUUGACAGUACAGCUGUUGUGAAGGCGAAGACCUUGUACAGAUCCUGCAUUAAUACGACUCGAAUCGAACAAGAAGGCGUUAGAGUACUUGAGAAGUUCUUAAAAUCGAUGGGAGGUUGGCCUGUUGUUGAUCCCAAUUGGCAUGAAGACAAGUGGAAGUUAGAAACGGUGUUAACUAAACUUCGAAAAAGUCAUCGUCAAAAGAUUCUCAUUCGAUCCGAAGUCGGACCAGAUGACAAGAAUUCCUCGAUGUAUAUUUUACAAAUCGACCAGGGCGAUCUUGGUAUGCCUGGGAUAGAGUACUAUUCGGAGAAAAGAAAAGUCUUUGAAGCUUACCACAGAUACAUGAUCGAAAUAGCCAUUCUUAUGGGGGCGACUCCUGAGAAAGCUAGAAGAGAAAUGAAUGAUGUAAUCAAAUUCGAAAAGCGAUUAGCAGAGAUAACCAUACCAAAAGAUGAUCGUAUUGAUACAAGUCAAAUGUACGAUAAGAAAACGGUUGAAGAACUACAAAAAGUCGUACCUCAGUUUAAUUGGUUGGAAUACUUUAAUGGUUUUCUCUUAGUGAAGAUCGAUGAAAGUGAACCAGUGGUCUCAAUGGCAACCAAAUAUUUUGUGAAAUUCGGCGACCUCUUGCAAAAUACCUCAAAGCGAACAAUAGCAAAUUACCUAAUCUGGCGAACAUUGCUGCGUUUUAUACCUGAUUUGCCUAAGAAGUACCAAGAUGCUCGUUUAACUUAUAAACGUUUAGCUAUGGGAAUAAAGAGAGAUGUCGUCCGCUGGCAAAAGUGCGUUGGCUAUAUUAAUGACAAACUCGGCUUAGCCGUCGGUCGAAUGUUUGUUAAAGAAAAUUUCAAAAAAGAAAGUAAAGAGUCGGUAAGUGAAAUGAUCAGUGAUAUUCGAGAGGCUUUUAAUGAAAUUUUAGAAGAAAAUGACUGGAUGGACGAAGAAACGAAGAAGGUAGCUGAGGAAAAAGCAAAUGCUAUGAAAGAGAGAAUAGGCUAUCCCGAUUUUAUUCUGAAUAGUACAAAACUCGAUGAAUUUUAUUCUAGAAUUGUUGUCAGUGAGAACGACUACUUUCAAAACGUGCUUAACGUCGAGGAAUUUAACUCUUACGAAACAUACCGGAAGUUGAGAAAACCCGUCGAUAGUGACUUCUGGGCUCAUAUACCUGCUCAAGUAAAUGCUUAUUAUAACCCGAAUACGAACGAUAUACUCUUCCCAGCAGGAAUACUUCAACCUAUCUUUUACAGUAAAAACUUUCCAAAGUCUCUUAAUUACGGUGGUAUAGGCGUUGUUAUUGGCCAUGAGAUAACUCAUGGAUUCGACGACAAAGGACGUCAAUAUGAUAAAAACGGUAAUCUAAAACAAUGGUGGAAAAAUAGUACUGUAAAAGCGUUUCGGGAUAGGGCUCAGUGUAUGAUCGAUCAAUAUAGCCAAUAUGAGUUAAAACCUUUUAACUUUUCAAUUAAUGGAAAACUCACUCAAGGAGAGAAUAUUGCCGAUAAUGGAGGAUUGAAGGAAUCAUUUCGGGUUAGCAAUACAUUUUAGCUCUAUCCAAAGUGUGUAAUAACAUUAGAUAAAAAACAUUUUACAAGCAAUUCCUGUCCUAUAUUUUAACCCCUUUUAUCUUAAGUGUAUUUACAUAUAAAAAAUUUACGUUUAUACGUAAAAACGGGACAAUUAUUUUAGAGAUUUUGAUGCGUAUAAAAAAGGAAACCAUUAGGAAUAAGGUGGCUAGAUUAUAUAUAUAUAAAAGAGUAUAAUAAUUGUUAAUCUUGCUUUAAAACUUCUUAACAAAUCUCUUAAUUUAAACUAUAUAGUUUUCUUUCUUUUUUUUUUGAAAGAAAACAUACUCUCGCAAUCUAAAUAACCUAAUGGUUUCUUUAUUUUAAAACUUACAAUCAAGUAAUAAAAGUUUGCAAUAUGUUUCUAAGAUGGUCGUGAAACGAUCCUAAAUUGUUUAAAUAUUAUCUGAAUGCGUAUAAGUAAAGUAUUUCUUUGUCUAUUAAAAAAAACACAGGCCUAUAAGAAAUGGGAAAAGAAGCAUGGGCCGGAAGCACUUUUGCCCGGUAUAAAUCUCAGUCAUGACCAGCUCUUCUUUCUCAAUUUCGCUCAAAUCUGGUGCGGAAUAAUGAGACGAGAGGAGGCCUAUCAGAAAACUACAAAUGGCGUACACAGCCCGGGACCAAUAAGGGUUAAAGGUUCAUUAUCAAAUUCGAAAGAAUUUUCGAAGGCUUACAACUGCCCCGUUGGUUCUCCCAUGAAUCCUGUGAAAAAAUGUUCAGUUUGGUGAAAAAAAAGAGAUGUUUUCUUAUUGUAAUAUUUGUUAGUUGAAAACUGCAUAUAUUCUGUCUGCAUUUUCUUCGCUGUAGAUUUUUCUUGUAAAGAAGAAAAGCCAAAUAAUAAGCGUUCUAUUUACAAUAUAUACACAAAUUAAAAACUCUGUAUAAUUAUACACAUUACGUAUUUGCUUGUUUAUUUUUUUCCAACAAUUUUCCCCCUUUUUAUAAGUUUAAAGUGGAACUAAUUUAAAAAUAAAUAUUUUAUGUAAAUACUGAUUCAAAUACAUUAUUUCGGUUUAAA